CCAGAAAAAUUCAAUUGCAAUAAUGCAAUUUCUCCAUGCGGGGGCAUCUUUGAGACAAUGUAUUCGAUCAAGAAUCCCUAAACGGGAUGGAGACAGAAUACGUGUUAUUUUGAAUUGAAGUGGACAACCAUUUGUGCAUAGACCAAUGCAUUUGUAUGACGAAUCAUUGGUAGUAGUUAGGUAGCAAACUCACAAAUCUAAAGUUGUUUAACAGUGCUAAUUUUUCAGCGGUCAUCUUUCGACGGGUAUUCUUUCUUCAAGAACCACAAGAUACGGAUCAACAACACUUUUGUCACGAAGUGUGAAGUCACGACUGUAGGUUUGCAGCUGAAAAGCCUUCUCCACGGCAGAGAAAAGUGUCGUUUGGGGGAACCCUCGUUGUGACACUUUACUAGUCACGCGAAUGAAAAGUAAACGUAUCUGGUACGUGCUAUGCACACAAUGCGUAGAACGCCACAUUUAAAGCGUUGAAAACCGAGAUGGUAGUUGCGAUUAUUGUGCAUUAUUGAGCUAAGGUUUCCACUAAUGUGGGAAGACAGUUUUCUUUAGGUCCGUCGGAUAUCAAUCAAAGCGGAAAUCAUGAAAGGAGCCAGCCAUUCAUGUUGAGGAUACGUCCAAUCCCCCUCCUUCUCUAUAGCUAGCUAUAUCACUUUGUCCUGGCGAGCAUUUCAUUUCAACAGCCUAAAAUGACGACGUAAACACGAAUUUGUACGUCCGAGAAAUAUUUUUUACAGCGAGGGACGCUUUCUCACAAUUAUUUGCAAGUGCUUCGGGACAUUUUCUGAGCAACCACCACAGAUGUUUCUGAAAUUAUCGCCAAGAUGACAAAAGAAUUACCUGGGCCAUUGGUAUGAUGGAGCGGUUAGGAGCGCCAGAGCUUCUGCUGAUUAAAUGGAUAUGUAUACGGUUCGCUUUGGUUUGUGUUGCGGCCUGCAGUGGGAAAGUGGAGCUGCACACAGAGAGGAGGGGGGUAAUCUACAGCCCCUCGUGGCCCCUCAACUACCCCCCAGGAAUGAACUGUAGCUGGAACAUCCAGGGAGACCGGGGGGAGGUCAUCACCAUCAGUUUCCGUAACUUCGACCUGGAGGACUCGGGGCGGUGUGCGGGGGACUGGCUGCUCCUCGGCCCCACCUGGAGGGAGGAGUACCGGGUCUGCGGCACCCUCCUGCCCCCUCCCUUCAUCUCCUCCCGAGGACGCGUGUGGCUCCACUUCCACUCCCGGGCCAACAGCUCCGGCCAAGCCCAGGGCUUUCGUCUCUCCUACAUCCGUGGCCGUCUGGGUCAGAGCAGUUGCCAGAGCGACGAGUACCUCUGCGGGAACGGAAAAUGCCUCCCCCGCACCUGGAAGUGCAACGGCCUAGACGAGUGCGGCGACGCCACCGACGAACGUAACUGCGCCCCUCCACCCACCGAGUCCCGGCCCGGCCUGUGCCCCGCUGGCUCCCUGUCCUGCACGCAUGCCCAGUCCACCCGCUGCCUGCCCCCCUCGACGCGCUGCAACGGCGCCCGCGACUGCCCCGACGGCUCCGACGAGGCGGGCUGCCCCGACACGGCCUGCGGCAAGCGCCUGGGGAACUUCUACGGCUCUUUCGCCUCGCCGGACUUCUUCAGGCCGAACCGGAGCGCCCAGGGAGCGGAGCUGCGCUGCUCCUGGCUGCUGGACACCCAGGACCCCAAGCCCAUCAUGCUGCAGCUGGACCUCCAGCUAGGCCCGGGGGACUCCCUCCACGUGUACGACGGCCUGGUGCAGAGGGCGGAGCGCCUCCUACAGGCCCUGUCGCACCACAACAACCGCAGGCCGGCCCUGUUGGAGUCCAGCAGGGGGCAGAUGAGCGUGCUGUACCUGGCUCAGCCGCGGAGCCCCGGACACGGGUUCAACGCCACAUACCAGGUCAAAGGUUACUGUUUCCCGGGCGAGCACCCGUGCGGCGGCGACCAGGGAUGCUACUCGGAGCGGCAGCGCUGCGACGGCUACUGGCACUGCCCCACGGGCCGCGACGAAGAGCAGUGCCCCGCGUGCCAGGAGGGCGAGUACCCGUGCGAGGGAGGCAGCGGUGCCUGCUACCCCUCCUCGGAGCGCUGCAACAACCAAAAGAGAUGCCCCGACGGCUCGGACGAGAAGAACUGCUACGACUGCCAGCCCGGAAACUUCCACUGCGGCACAAACCUGUGCAUCUUCGAGACGUGGCGCUGCGACGGCCAGGAGGACUGUCUGGACGGAAGCGACGAGAGAGACUGUCUGGCGGCCGUUCCCCGGAAGGUGAUCACGGCGGCGCUGAUUGGCAGCUUGGUGUGCGGCCUACUGUUGGUCAUCGCUCUGGGCUGCGCCUUCAAGCUCUACUCCCUCAGGACCCGCGAGUACAGAGCGUUCGAGACUCAGAUGACCCGCCUGGAGGCGGAGUUUGUGCAGAGAGAGGCUCCGCCCUCCUAUGGUCAGCUGAUCGCCCAGGGCCUCAUCCCUCCAGUGGAGGACUUUCCCGUCUACAACCCAACCCAGGCCUCCGUGCUUCAGAACCUCCGCACCGCCAUGCGACGGCAGAUCCGGCGCCACUCCUCCCGCCGGGCUACGUCUCGGCGCCGCCUGGGGCGCCUGUGGAGCCGCCUCUUCCACCGCGGGUCUCGCCUCCGGGGCCAGAUCCCCCUCCUCACCCCCCCGGGCUCUGCCCAGGUGACCCUGGGGCUCUACAGCUACCACACUGCCGAGGGGGCCAACGGGAGCAGUGGUGGAGGUCCGCCCCAGACCCCCUCCCCUUGCUCCACGGCGGCCCUGGGCCUGGCCCUCCAGGCUCACUCCGAGGCACUGUCCCACCCACCCUCCGAGUCCCCGCCCUCCCCGCUCUCCCCGCACUCCGCCUCCAGCAGCCAGGAGGAGGAGCUGUCUCCUGGGUCCCCGGAGAGCCGGAGCAGCGCUGCCCAGGAGGACGAAAUCGUCAGCCCCUCCGGGCUGGGUGACCCGGCGCCCCCGUACCCUUCCCAGGACAGCGCAGGCGGCUCCUACAACCGCCGGGCAUCCAGGAAGCUGGUGCUCGAUCUGGCGGCCAACGUGAGGGGUGUGGCGCUACGGCGGUACUCCUCCCUGGGGGGCCCCGCCCCGCUGGUGCCCGCGGCAUGCCCCUCCGACCCCCUGACACUCCUGUUCGAGGCGCAGAGAGCCACCUCACCCUCGGGCAUGUCGGACCGCAGCGGGGGGUCACCGGCGUCUCCGCCGGGCAUGCCGAUCCGGGGGGGGAGGGGGGCACGGAGGGGACACCGUGGCAACGAGGAGGAGGAACUCGGUGACGGGGACGAGUCUUUGUUGGUUUGCUGAAGGAGCGUUGUCCUCCUCAGGCCCGGAGCCAAAACCUCUGAACAAACCCUUUACUGGGGUCGCACAGCUAGCUGCCUCUCUACCCUUCCCUCCUUCUCACGACCCUGCCGAGAACGGGAACUUGCGGCUCGAGCUGUGGAAGCGACCAAACAGCAGGAAGGCAGACGGUAUCAGGCUGUAAGAGACUUGAGAGAUCACCGCUCCCUCUCCCUCCCUGCCUUACAAGAGAUUUACAGCUAAGCCUCCUUACCGACCGACAGACUGAGUCAGUCGACUGACUCAGUCCUAUCGGCUGCUUUUUUAAUAAACGUAUCUAAUGAAAGCCAAGCGGCUAACACGGUUUUAACUGAGAGGACUCAAGAAGAUGCUAAAUGUUUUGACAAAUGUGGAGUUGUGAAUGCAGUUUGAUUUUUAUACUUUAUUUUCAUGCAGUGGCUUACGUUUGUACCCUCUCAAAACGAUUGUUUCGCCAGUCGGACUGUGGAUGUACACAGAGUGAUUUCUGUAGCUGUGGUUACUCAGGUGGAAGAGGCAAAGUCUGUCUCUGCUUUGAUACGACAGAGUCCUUUAUAGGUGGAGAGGUCUGAAGACUCAGGAAAGGAAAAAGAGAUUGACUCCUUACAUCUAGUUCAGGUCCACAUACCCCCCCUAGAGGCCGGACAGCGUCAUUGAAAUAAUCUGGAAAGCACUUGACGAUGACGUAAUCGUUCAUCUCCUUGGCCUCGGUAGGAAAAGAUAAUUAGGUAUCAUAUUUUCUGCCGCAGCCAGUUUCUUGUUCCUUGUAUGUUUGACAGCGCAGUAGGGAGACAGCUUGGCUGGAGGCCUAUGCGUAUGCACUCAUUUGUAUUCAAAAUAUGCAGACAUUUUACAGUUACUCCUUUACACUCAACCUGGACCAAGUAUGUUUCGUUAAAAGAUCUUCUCAGUGGGAGCUUCAUAGAUCGAACACUGACAAAUGCUGACCAGGAUAGUCCUAGGUGCCAGUUCUAAUUUGAUAUCCUGUCAGUAAAGGGAACGUCUAGCAGAAGAGCAUUACCGCUUUGAAGAAUGUUCCGUGAUACGUGGCAUUAAUAUUUCUACCCUAUUUGACGGCUCUUUGUUCGGUAAAAGACCAAACCUCCAUAAAGCGGACUCUGAAAACGUUUAGGGUAACAAUGUGCUCCUUGUCUGUAUGGCUUCAGUUGCACAUUACUGUCGAUGUCUGUAACCUAUUUUACCAGUUACAUAAAGAGAAAUAUCUACUUCCGCCCCAAAUACUGUAUGUUGGUAUUCCACAUAUUUUUUAUUUCUGUAAAGUUCCCCUCUCUUACACCAGUAGCACCUUACUUUACUCCAGACUUGGGAAGUCCAAUAACCCAUACAUACAAGUGCAAUAGAUCCCCCUUAUAUUUCCCUGGGGCGAAGUGAGUGUGCCAUUCUAUCCUGUGUGUGUUUCUGUGUGUGUGUUUGUCCCUGUGUGUGUGUGUGUCUGUGUGUGCGUGUGUCUGUGAGAGAGAGAAACACACCAGGAUAUCCUCCAGUAUAGUUUUUAUACAGGUCGAGUUAUUAAUGGCCUGUAAGUGAUAAUGUGCCAUUAGAGAAAUCUCCAGACCCCUCUCUAUCCCCACCUCUCUGUCUUUCCAUCUGUCACAAUAAGGACCCUCCCAGGCCUCUCCAUAAUCGCUGGGGAAAUUAGCGUCCACCCUGGUAGCAAACACUUCCCUCUCGCUGGGUCUCACAGUAUGGUUUGCAUCUAUGGAAGUGUUUUACGACCUUAUUACAACAAGAGGAAUUACCCGUACCAUAUGUUAAGUGUCAAAAGCCUCGCAGUGAGUAAAGAAUCUUGAUGACCCUGGGCUAAGAUGGUUUGAGUGUCUUAAAGGCUCGAUUUCAGGUCAGUUUGCCGUCGUGCUGUGCUGGGGCUGUUAAACAGAAAAGCCUGUGAAAUGAUUCAUGUUGAGUUUUUCCUGAUAGUUGUCAAAUGAGAACCACUACUACUACUACAAGUGAAAUGCGUAGUUUUGUUUCUCCAACAAAAAAUAACACAUGUUAUGUUUAAAAUGCUUAACAAAUUGUCAGUAAUCUACUGCAACAUUUCACAGAAACCUUACUGUAGAAUCACAACAGCAGUAAGUCGUUAGCUAUGCUGACUGUAGGUUAGUAUGCAGUAAGUGUCCAUUCAGUUCUCUGUAAAGGGUCAGUCUUAUUAUAGUUGUAGACAGUACAGGACUACCGAUGCUUUAUCUCACCUUAACGGGUAUCAUCAAUUCAGCAGUGCAUAUAAGCUGAAAACACGUGGCCAUUUGAUAUUGAUAUACGUUUUGCCGCUGUAACAUAGCAAUGCUUUCCUUGUGAUGAGUGUACAUAGAAAACGUGUGUUUGUAUAAAUGACGGUUCUCCAGUUUCUGAGAAUUAUUUGUAUAUUUGAGCUUAAAAAAAAGAAACAACUUGAAAGUUGCCAUGAGUUUCAGAGAUUGCAGUCAGUGGCCAGUUUGUUGCCACGAGAACACUGUACCGCCUACUGAUUGUCUCAAAAUGUCUUCUCGUGCCUGCAUUUAAUAAACCGUUGUUUGAUAAAGGUUGGUGUGCGA